AUGCCAAGUCUCACUCCACUCUGCACCAUCUUCCUCCUCGUCGCCAUAACAUCAACUGCUCGAGUCUCCACCACUCGUAUAACGAUGAGAUUGAUUCAUCGCGACUUGAUCUCCACCCCCACCGGUUCGACAUCACUACCCACGUUAGCAUCCGACUCGGAAUCCACAUCGACCCACAUUGAAGCGAACUUGAUCCAAUCGAGCAACACGAUCUACUACGUCAACUUCUCCAUCGGAACCCCCCCUGUCCCGCAGCUGGCGGUCCUCGACACGGGGAGCAACCUGAUGUGGGUCAAAUGCCUGCCCUGCGAGCCCUGCUCCCCUCUCUCGGGGAAGCGCUUCUUCGACCCCGCGACGUCCUCGACGUUCGUCCCCAAAUCCUGUGACUUGCACUGCAAGAAAUGCAACGACAUGGCGCAGUGCGAGUUCAGGCUCACCUACUCUAGUGCCCCGUCGGCAGUUGGCAUCCUGGCGACGGAGCAGCUGACGUUCUCGACGUCGGACGGCGGGACCACGGUCGUGCCGAACAUCCUGUUCGGAUGCACCCGCAAAACCCGGGACCUGCCCCAGCAGAGCCAUAUGACUGGGGUGAUGGGCCUUGGGCCGGGCCCCAAUUCGCUGCUCUGGCGAAUUGGGACCCACCCGAAGUUCUCCUAUUGCAUCGGGGACGCCCAGAACCCGCUCUACCCGUACAACCGGUUGGAACUCGGGGACGGAGCGAUCAUGGAGGGUUAUUCGACCCCGUUGGUUAUCGAAUCGGGCCGGUACUACGUCGACGUGGUCCGAAUCAGCCUCGGUGGGUCGACCCUGGAGAUACCAAAGUCCGCAUUCGCCAAAACCCCUGGGGUUGACGAUGGAGUCAUCGUGGACACCGGUGCAAAGAUGACCUACCUACACAAAGACGCUUACGACGUGCUGGAGUUCACGGUCCGGGACUGGCUGCGAGGCUCGAAAUGGACACGUGUCUACCCCGAAUUCGCGAGGGGACGGCAGAUCUGCUACGGCGGGAAGGCGAGGGAGGCGGCGGAGAUGUUCCCACUGUUGGGGAUCCAUUUCGCCGGCGGGGCGGCGCUGUACAUGGAUGGGUUAGGGACUUUCUUGCAGCACGACCGGGACAUCUUCUGUUUGGCGUUUCUGGAGGCUGAUUAUGGCGAGUCGAGUUGCAUCGGGAUUUUGGCUCAGCAGAAUUACAAUGUCGGGUUCGAUCUGUCGGAGAAGAAGGUUUACUUCCAGAGGAUUGACUGUAAGGAGCUGGAUGAGUGA